CUUUUGUUUGUUGCCUCAUCCCACGCGUGAAUAUACUAAUAUACUACUGUUACUUUGCACCCUUUUGGAGGGUUUUCAAGACCCAAUGAGCACCUUUUUCAGCCUAACUGUUUAAAAGAGACCCUUCACGUAGGCUUGUAAACCAAUUAGCAGCAACUUCACUUUGAUCCAAGUUAAAGGCAAAGGCCAAGGCUGAGUGAACACACCACACACCACAACACAACAUUCUCUUCUUUUUCUUAUCAUAGAUAGAAGCUUUGAUUGCUUCAAACAAGAAGGUGUCAUCCUUCCUUGUUUCUGUCUAGGAUAAACAAGCAAUGUCUAAUAUGAUAGAGGUGAGAGUUCCAAAUCUUGAUUGUGAAGGAUGUGCUUCGAAAUUAAAGAAAGCUCUCUUCAAGCUCAAAGGAGUAGAUGAAGUAGAAGUUGAAAUGGAAGCACAAAAAAUAACAGUGAAGGGCUAUGGCUUGGAGGAAAAAAAGGUUCUUAAGGCAAUCAAACGUGCAGGGAAAGCAGCAGAACCAUGGCCAUUUCCGGGGCAUGCUCAUUUUUCCUCAUUUUACAAGUACCCUAGCUACAUUGUUAACCAUUAUUAUGAUGCAUACAAAAGUGAAGCAACCAAUGGGGUCCACACAUUCUUCCACACCCCUGCAGUGUAUUCAGUUGCUGUGGCAUCUGAUGAAGCCUUUGCUUCUCUCUUUAGUGAUGAUAACCCUCAUGCUUGCACUAUAAUGUAAUUAAAUUUAACCAUGUUCAUGUAUACUUUGUUUCAUGGUCACUUUAGGUUUCUGUUUGAAGAGAAGGUGAAGAAGAAAAGUUGAGUGAGGCAUCUUUUCGUAGGGAAUUUAGUGCUUGAGUGUAUUAUCAUGUGCCUCCUUUUAAUAUUCAUUGCGUUGCUUGGCUCCUUUCUUUUCGUAA